AUGUUGACCGUGUUGUUGUUAAAUUGGGGUAGUCGAAAUCGUGACAUUGUUGAGUCUGAUAAAAUACCUACAUUCCCGGUAGCAAAGCGGCCGCGUACAGGCACUCCGCUUCCAGCUUCACCACCACCAUCACAUCGUCAUUUCGCCCCGUCCGUCGCAUCAUCACCGGCCAUACUAAAGUUACCAGUACCACUAGUACCAACAAACCUAUCGCCACCACGGGUACCAGCAAACAUAUCACCACCACCAGUGUCAACAAACGUAUCACCACCACGCGGCAUCACUGAAUCGACUAUCACACUAGCGCCCAUUAUAGCUCUGCCACCACGUACAACUGGCAAUAUCCAACCGGCAAUCACAACUAACGCAAUGACAUCAGCUCCGAAACAUCCAGCUAAGGCACCAGCACACCAGCAACAGGUACAUACGACCACCAGUAAAACUCAAAAACCGCCAGCAUGGAUGCUACCUGCAAAAAAUCACACAUCAUCACCAACAGUCGAACAAAAACCCACGGUUAACAAAGGCAAAAAAACCCGAUUUCAAAACGGCACCACGUCCAAUUUCAACUCGUACACAAACAUCGGCAGCUACGUACCACCACCACCACCAUCUGUCCCACUCCGACGAUCCAAAGUGAGGUCACUAAUGUCAUCGAUCGUGAAGAUGCCACUUAUGGAUUUAGCACUAGGAUGGGGAAGGCCGGAUCAACAGACACGACAGGAACAAGACAGACACCCAGCAGCAGUACCCCAACCCGCAACGACGUCCGGCUCCGCAAAUACAACCACGGCGCACAAUUCCAAACCCCAGGCAAACCAAACCAUACGCGCAACCAAACAACAUCCAACAAAAUGUCGCCCCGCCACGCACGAAUCCAAGCAGACACGGCACCACGUCACGGCAGCACCAACAGCAGAACACGGCAACAUGUAA